GUUUUGAUGGUGCCAGAAUUACCAAAGGUUUCAGAAGCUUACAGGCUCUUUGCACAGGAAGAAAGACAUCAAGAAGUUUCUCAUACAAACAACUCUUCAGAACCAGUUGCUUUUGCUGCUGAGAAAAGAAGGUUUGGGGGAGACAAUUGGAAUAAUAGAAACAAAUCACAGGCAACUGGUUAUCAAAGAACAGGUGCUAAUAAUAAGCAAGGGAGAACAGGUGCAAAUUACUUCUGUACCAAUUGUCAAAUUCCAGGGCACAACAUUGAGAGAUGUUUUAAGAUAAUUGGAUAUCCACCUGGUUUUCAGUCUAAAGAACACAGAACUGCUGCAUUAUCUCAUGAUAAUCAUUCUGGUGUUGAACCACCACCAUUGCCAAAACCAGAAGCCACUCCAGCAAUCACAGUAGAUCAGUAUCAGCAGUUGAUGAGCUUAUUAACUAAACAACAACAGAAUGCAGGAGCUGGAACUGUCAAUCAAACUAACAAUCUAGCUAUGAUGGCAGAAAGGGAGUUUGAUUCCUCUUGGUGAUGUCAGUUCUGGACUAUACAAUGUUGGGGAACAAGUACCACCAAAAACAACUUCUGAGCAGUCUCAUACAUGCAACACAGGUUGCUUAUCAGUUGUAGAUAAUGCUAAGUUGUGGCAUCUAAGACUAGGUCAUUUGCCUUUUAGUCAAUUGAAGUUAAUAAUUCCAGAUUGUGAAGUCAAAAGUUGUAUACAAGAUACUAUCUGUCAGGUUUGUCCUGUGUCAAAACAAACCAGACUUAGCUUCCCUCAUAGUAGUAUCAGUACCUUAGCACCUUUUGACUUGAUUCAUAUAGAUGUAUGGGGUCCACAUUCUGUAAAGACUCCUACAGGGUGUAAUCAGUUUCUCACUAUAGUGGAUGACUAUAGUAGAUUCACUUGGAUACAUUUGUUGAGAAAUAAAAAGGAUGUUGUUUCUGUUAUGACUGAUUUUUUAAACAUGGUGAAAACACAAUUUGGUGUCAUGAUUAAGUGUAUAAGAUCAGAUAAUGCCAAAGAGCUGUGUGAAGGUGAUAUUAGGAAAUUGUGUCAACAACAUGGCAUUUUGAGCCAAACAAGCUGUAGUCAUACCCCACAGCAGAAUGGGGUGGUUGAAAGAAAACACAAACAUUUGUUAGAAACUGCUAGAGCCUUAUACAUUCAAUCAAAAGUGCCUGACAGGUUUUGGGGAGAUUGUGUUCUCUGUGCAGCUUACUUGAUUAACAGAAUGCCAUUGAAAGCUAUAG